AUGCCUUAUUGGAUGGUAUUUUCAAAAUCUUACAUCCCGAAAGCUUUUAAUAAUAAUAAAAAUUCUCAAAAUCAAAAUUAUGAAGUUAAUUCACUAAUUCCGCCUGAUUUUGUAGAAAUCGAAACAGUGGAAACAGUUAAAAACCUGAUUGAAGAAGCUGAAGAGAAAUUAAUCGAACAUGAUUAUGUCGGAUCCGUAGAACUUUAUCAGAAAGCAUUUCAAAAUGGAUCUGCACAUGCUGCAGGAAAAUUGGGUGUAAUAUAUCACGGUGGACUUAACGGGACAAUUAGUGCUGAUCAUAUUACCGCGUCAGCCUACUAUUUUCUAGCACUGAAACUUAUCAACACGAUACCAUCAAAUAGAUGGGAUAUGAAUUUGUUGCUUGAAGUUAUUGGUGGCAUUUCGGAAAUCUAUCGAUUUCAAAUGGAUCGUUCGAAGGAAUUUGACAUUUGGCAAACUGGAGUAAAAGCAAUGCGACGCAUUGAUCAAACAUUACAAGAUCCAAUUUUUUGUCUGUAUCAGAAGCAACAACAAUCACAUGUGCAUUCUUAUUUGCCAACAACUAAAGACGACCAUGAGAAUAAAAUCAAGGCUAUACGCAUACAUAUAAAUUAUUGUUUGGGAUUAAUAAAAAAUCCAAUCAAUCGAUCUGCAAAUUCCAAAAAUCCAACCGAUUUGUGUCCAGUGUAA